GCUAUGUAAUUUAUAUUUGUGUUAGGAACAACUAUUUUAUUCAUGCUUUGACAUGUUCUGCGUCUUUGGUUUGGGUCAAUGAAGAAUCAAUAGAACGUAAACAAAUAAUGUUCGAACUGGUUUACAGUUGUGAUAAUAGUCUCUGCAUUUGUGAUAACCUGUGGUGGUUAUCGAUCACUAUGGUAACGUUGCAUUAAUCUCUAAUCUAAACAUAACAUUGCUCGUUUGCUGCCGUACGUUCGUAAAUGUCUUUAGUUAUGAUUGUUUUUAAUGCAACAGAAACGUCCAGUUUUGCAGAAUUGUAAUGGAAUCAGAAGAAAGAAAAGUAGAAGCUCCCCACAAAAAACGGUACCGAAAGGAGGAAUCUAGCUCCGAUUCUGAGGCUGAUUAUGUGCCGUAUGUACCUGUGAAGGAGCGGAAGAAGUUUCAGUUAGUGAAGCUUGGACGACUGACUCAGCUGAAAGAAGAAUUUGGUCAGCGUGGGAAGUCGUCGAGUGAAAAUGAACAUGACAAUGAGGAUGACGAAGAUGGGCAGGUUUGGGGGCGCAAAUCCAAUAUCAGUUUGCUGGAUCAGCACACAGAGCUUAAGAAACUGGCAGAAGCCAAGAAGGAGAGCGCCAUGGAGCGUCAGUUGAAGGAGGAGGAAAAGAUCUUAGAGAGUGUUGCUGAGAAGAAAGCACUGAUGGGGGUGGCAGAACUGGCAAAGGGCAUUCAGUACGAGGAUCCUAUUAAAACAUGCUGGAAACCACCACAGUAUAUCUUGGCAAUGUCUGAGACACGUCACAACCGCGUGCGUAAGAAACUGCGCAUAUUGGUUGAGGGGGAGGAUGUGCCUCCUCCUAUAAAGUCAUUUGCCCAGAUGAAGUUUUCACGUGGUAUUUUAACGGGUCUGGAACGGAAGGGCAUCGUGUGGCCAACGCCCAUACAAGUUCAAGGCAUUCCGACCGUGCUGUCGGGACGUGACAUGAUUGGAAUAGCGUUCACUGGAAGCGGCAAGACUUUGGUGUUUGUCCUGCCACUUAUCAUGUUCUGUCUAGAACAAGAGACGCGUUUACCGUUUAUCAAGAAUGAGGGUCCAUACGGUCUCAUCAUCUGCCCAUCUCGUGAGCUUGCAAAACAGACUCAUGACAUCAUCACGCACUACUGCUCAGGACUGCCACAUGAAAUACGCUGUUGCCUUGCCAUUGGUGGGAUCCCUGUGUCAGAAUCCAUGGACAUCAUCAGUAGGGGUGUCCAUAUUAUGGUCGCCACACCAGGUCGGCUGAUGGACAUGUUGGACAAGAAGAUGGUACGACUGGAUGUCUGCAGAUACUUGUGCAUGGACGAGGCAGACAGGAUGAUAGACAUGGGCUUUGAGGAAGAUGUCAGAACAAUAUUCUCAUUUUUCAAGGGCCAGCGCCAGACACUUCUUUUCUCAGCCACGAUGCCUAAGAAGAUCCAGAACUUUGCAAGAUCUGCGCUAGUGAAACCGGUCACGAUAAACGUUGGUCGUGCUGGAGCGGCCUCCAUGAAUGUCAUACAGGAAGUUGAAUAUGUGAAGCAGGAAGCAAAGAUUGUGUACCUUCUGGAGUGCCUGCAGAAAACCCCACCACCAGUUCUCAUUUUUGCAGAGAAAAAGCAAGAUGUGGACGCUAUUCAUGAGUACCUGCUGCUGAAAGGAGUCGAAGCUGUUGCUAUUCAUGGGGGCAAAGAUCAAGAGGAGCGGUCACGGUCAGUUGAAGCUUUCCGCAAAGGACAGAAGGAUGUGCUGGUGGCAACAGAUGUUGCCUCCAAGGGUCUUGACUUUGCUGCUGUACAACACGUUAUCAACUAUGACAUGCCUGAUGAUGUGGAGAAUUACGUUCACCGAAUUGGACGAACAGGACGUUCAGGCAAGACUGGAAUCGCUACAACUUUCAUCAACAAGGCAAAUGAUGAGUCAGUUCUGCUGGACUUGAAACAUUUGCUGAUGGAAGCAAGACAGAAAGUGCCACCUUUCCUUGCUGCUCUGCAGUCGGAGAAUGAGAAGUAUUUGGAGCUUGGAGAUGAACGAGGUUGCAGCUACUGUGGUGGUUUGGGCCAUCGGAUCACAGACUGCCCGAAACUGGAGGCAAUCCAGAAUAAGCAGGCCUCCAACAUUGGACGGAGAGACUAUCUUGCCAGCAAUGCUGCUGAUUACUAGUUUCAUCUGCUGUGUAGAAAUUGAGAGCCUUGCUUGCUUAUGUAAAAUCCUGUAUUGAUGAUUGUUGGGUGUCUAGUGGGGUAUGUUUUACAUUUGCAGGUUUGUCAUGUUCCUUUGUCCCUGCAGAAAAAUUCUAGAGUGGUGCCUCGAACAUGUGCCCAGACCUUUCCAGAUAACUUACAUGAUUGUCAUCUUAUGUCGCCCAUUGAUUUAUAGUCCAUGGGUACUGCAGACAGUUUCGCUCACCAUGCGAUUUGUACCGUGUUACCUGUUUCAAAGAAUGGAGAAGCUUGUAAUUUUCACCUGCAUUGCCAAGUACUUACUUAAAUCUAUGGUACAGACUGCAUCCUGAACAGUCACUAGGUAUGAUGCUUCAUAAGAUUUGAGUCAUGGUGCCCACCAUCAUUGCAAAAGUUUAUCACUGAGUUCUGUCCUGAGCCAAUGGAAUCUAUUUCACAGCCUGUUUCAAAAAAUAUCUUCUUCCUACUACUACUUGUUCUCUUUAGCAGUCUCUUUCCAUGUUAUUUUCCAUUCAAAAUUUUGUGUGUGUAUCUUGUUUCCCACAUUUGUGCUACAUGUUGAAUAAAAUAAAUAUAAGUGUACAAGGGCAUUUGUCUGGAAACAAAUAAAAUGGCAGAAUGAGAGGAUUCAAACUGUUCUGGAUAGCAGUUUAUGUCAUACAGCUGAAUCCAUACUCAGAUACAUUUUCAA